CCAGCCCGGACUUAUUUUUCUGAAACACACAUGGAAAGAAUGGCGGGGAAUUUAUGAAGUGUGCAGAUAACUUUAGUCUUGGCACUGCUAGCAGUUGUGUACAUCAAAUCGUCAAGAUUUGCAUGGUGGACGCAGUAGUUUAUGGUUGUAUUUUAUUAGAUAUCCAGCAUGCGCCGAGAUUACGUUCGCGCGUGAUACCAGAACAAUCACGCUGGGCAACUUCACCCAUUUGUUAACUAGCUAUGCCGGUUGGGAUGUUGCUUCCUCGUACAAGAUCCAGGCGGAUUGUUUAUGGCCUGUUGAAACAUUGCAACAUUGUAUUUGUUGCGUCGUGUUUCUCCACGUCUUGUGUAUGGACUGCUCGGAAAAAACAGAGUCAAUAUGGAACGGUUGAUACAGAGCGCUACUCCUCCCUGGUGAAGUCAGUUGUCUCGUCAAAAGUCAGCUGCCAAACUCCAGAGUCGAUUGAGGAAGAGGACCGUCAACUCUACGGUCCAGUCGUCAAAUCAUCUUUUCACAAACCAACGCCGAAAAACCUUGUGCCGAAAAACGUAUACCCUCUUUUAAAAGCAGAAAAAACAAUGCUCUCUGCAGAAUAUGACCACGGAAAACCUGCACGGUUGUUGCUUCCGAGAGGGUCAGAGAGACCUCGUACGCCUAGUGUUACUCGCAUUCUCCAACAGACCAUGUCCCCGGAGCAGUUGUUUUUCCUGGAGAGAUGGAAAAGGAAAAUGAUCGCAGAGCUGGGAGAGCAAGGCUUCAAGGAAUACACCUCAAACCUUUUCAAAAAAGGGAAGUUAUUUCAUUCUGCAAUUGAGAAUGCACUUGCUCCUUCUGAAAGUGAAGAACCAGAAUAUACUGAAGACACAGCAGGAUACUUGGAAAGUAUCCAACAUGUCCUUGAGGACAUCAAUGAAGUCAGAGCCAUUGAGAGUGCAGUACAACACCAGCAUUUGAAUUAUGCAGGAAUAGUUGAUUGUGUGGCUUGCUACAGAGGGACACUUUGUGCAAUUGACUGGAAGACUUCAGAGAAAGCCAAGCCCUUUCUCCAGAACACGUACGACAAUCCUAUCCAGGUUGCUGCAUACGUUGGAGCUUUGAACAGUGAUGACAACUACAGUUACCAGAUCAAGAGUGGUCUGAUUGUCGUGGCUUACAAGGACGGCGCCCCGGCUCAUCCCCACUUUCUUGACUUUGAAAAGGUUACACAGUUCUGGGAAAAAUGGCUGCUUAGACUUGAACUUUAUAAGAGUAAAUAACAUCUAGGCCUACCUCAAAUGCACCUGCAUUCAUAAGUACCUGCAUGUAUGACUGACAUGCAUAUGAUGGAACUUUUUUUUUUUUUUUUUUUUUUAGUUAUCUUUCGAAAUAAACCUUUUAGUAUCUAAAAGAAGUCAGUGUUUCAAGACUAUUGUACUGUAUGUUCUCCCAGUACUGUCAAAUAGAUAAGGAAUCCAACUUGUGACUUAAAAAAAUACCAGCAUGUUUUGGUUCUAUGUUUUUUAGUUAUUUUUCUAA